ACUUGUGGAAUAAUGGGAAGUACUUCCGAGUAUUUAAGGAAGAUCGGCAAUAAUGAAUACGAGUUGCACCUAAACAUUAAAUUUCCGUUUAAAUUAACACCGAUCCGCGAUGAUGAACGCAAGGGAUUUGUUAUGCUUAAAGCUGAAGAAAAUGAAGAACAUCCUGCUAUUAGGGAUGGAUUCCUAAACCGGGCAGCUCUUAAAGGUUGGAUACGUAAUAUGUUGAAGCCUAAAUACGUUCUCCAUAACAGUCUCAAUUCAUAUGAUGACUUGAACAUCAAAUUCCAUCGAGUUUCCAACGCAAACGCCAGUAUUUGCUUACAUAUUUGGCCCAUGGUGGAGUUUGACUACAGCAAAUGGCCUUUGCCGGUUCCGGAGUUGCCCGAAUCCACUCUUAAAGCUUUACCCUGGUACGCAGUUCCCCAAAUGACAACACCAAUAGACCGACGAAGUUUUAUGGCCUGGUCUCCGGACUGGGAGCGCUGCAUUUUGGAAAUGAAUCCUCAGUCCCAAAAGGUGCGGAUAUUAAUGAUGGAUGUAAUGUCUUGUAUGGAUAUUCCUUAUCCGGAAGACGUGAUCCAAACCUUAUUGGAGUAA